GCAGAGCUCAUUCCACGCCCGUCUCUACUCCUGUCAACAUGGCUGGAAACUUUCACGACCUUUCAGCCAAGCUGCUGUCAGGCGACACUCUCAGUUUCUCCUCUCUUAAAGGUAAAGUGGUGCUCGUCGAGAACGUGGCAUCCCUCUGAGGCACGACGGUCAGGGACUACACUCAGAUGAACGAGCUCCACUCCAAGUACUCGGAGAAGGGGCUUGUUAUUCUGGGAGCUCCCUGCAACCAGUUCGGCCAUCAGGAGAACACCAAGAACGAAGAAAUUCUGAACAGCUUGAAGUCUGUGCGUCCUGGGAAUGGCUUCGUGCCUCAAUUCCAGCUCCUGGAAAAGAUCGACGUGAACGGAAAGGACGCUCACCCCCUGUUUGUGUUCCUGAAGGAGAAGCUUCCCUUCCCCAGCGACAACCCUACGGCCUUGAUGACCGACCCCAAGUUCAUCAUCUGGAGCCCCGUGUGCAGGAACGACGUCUCGUGGAACUUUGAGAAGUUCCUCAUCGGCCCCGAUGGGAAACCGUUCAAGCGCUACAGCAGGAGCUUCCUGACCAGCGACAUCGAGGCUGACAUUCAAGAGCUCCUCAAGAAAGUGAAGUAAGCCAUCUUGGCGGAGGGCUCUGACGGGGAUGGUGGUCAGACAGAGGCGUGACACGACCACUCCCGUCUUAUCAGCCUGCAGAGAAAGAUGGCAGUAUGUGUUCAGCUGGCUGUGCUGACCUGGGUAGAGUUUGGCUGUUUUGUAAGAAGUUUACUGUGUGAUGUCGCCACUUGAAAUGUACUGAGGGUGGCGGCGGAUGUGAACGUAAACACUUAUCAUUUAACAGCCCUAAUUUAGCCUCGUACAGCAGAGCUCAGCUUCUCCAUCCGACUGUCUGAAACCAAAUAACAAUAAAGAUUUUUAAAAAGUCAU